AUGAUAACUAAAUUGGCAGUAGGGACUUGUCGAGACCUGAUUUUCGAUAUUUAUAUCAAUUUAAUAAAUAUGUACAAAACAGCUGACAGAAUGGUUUCGAUUGAAGGAUCGCAGACAAAUUUGAAGUGUCUUCUAGUUGCGGCAAAAUGUCUUUCUUCGUUCUUCGAUACUGUAUUUACUAAACUUCCGCAACAACAAAUUGAAGAUGGUUUUAACAAAUUCUUCAUCUCUCAUAAUCUCACUGAAUAUGACGUUUCACUCUCUGCCACUUGGAGAAUAAUAAACAAUGCGGCAAUAAGUCAUCACGAGCAUCUCUUGGAAGUGAAGAAGUCAUGUCAGGAACAGAAGGCGUUCAGAGAGUCAUUUUUGAAGACUCAAACUGAUUUUGAUAUAGACUUUGAGGAUCACGAAGCGGACCAAGAAACCCAGUUGUUGUCAAUCGAAGAUGCAGUUCUGAUCAUUCAGAAGUUAGAGAGAAAAUACCAAGCGAUCUCAAGAAGAAACUACGUUCGAUUUGUUCGAGAGCGUGCCGCUGAGCUCCAUGGACAGAAAGUUGAGAUUGAUGCAACUCAAGCAGCUAUCAGAAUUCAAGCCCGCACCCGUGGAUACUUUGCCCGGAAAUGGGUUCGUGAAAUGCGUGAGCGAGAACUCAACAUUUUAAAUAUGACGCCUGAAAGUUAUAUCCGGAAGAGGUGUACGGAGAGGGAUAGGAAGCAAAAAGCAAGUGCCGUUGGUGAAGGGGAAAGAAUAGAGCAAGUGGAAGAGUUUCCAGGUGAUUUGGAAACCGCAUUGGAACUUCUGAAAACCGACUUCUUCUUCGCCACUUCUGAACUUCCGGAUCCUUCGAAAAACACAAAACUUCCAACACAGACAAAUCCGGAUACUGUAUACCGGGACGCAUGCUUUCGUGGAAUUGUUUCUCCAAAUUCUCAAACUGAGUUGUCUGAGCUGAUAUCUCAACGGGAGAUUUGUAAAAUCGAAGGUCGUCUUUUUCUUUUUGAUCUUCGAACCUUCCUAACUCUCACCAUUUGUAUUCCAUUGUCUCUUGCCACGUGGCACAAACCCAAGGACACAAAAGUUGGUUGUCGUUGGCUCCUGAUGUCCGGUGCUCCUGAUUCAGGAAAAACAACAUGGGCAAGAGCAACUGCUCGUGCUUCUCAUAUAACUCAUGUGCAUAUUUCUAAAAAUGUGGUGAAUAUGGGCAAACGGAGAAUUUACACAGUAAUCAAGAAAUUGGCAAAGAUUGAAAGAAGAAUUUUGAUAAGUGUUGAUAGAAUUGAUGUGUUGAGAAAAGAUCCAAAAAAUAAGGGAUACACUCAUAGACAGGUCGGUCAGGAAGACUUUUGA